AUGUGGCCCGGAUAUGGUUUGAAUUCCAUCGGCCUUGACAUUUGUGGAGUCUGGAGCAGGAUCAUGGAAGGAGGAUUUCUCAAUGGAGAGGGAAUUCGAUUGGAAUACUUUCCAAACACACAGCAACAACUUCGGAUGUAGUGAUGUGGUACUUUUUAUUUAGUUUUAGAGAAUUUCUAGCACAUUUUGAGGCGAAAAGUGCUUCCGCGCGUUCGUAGGUCUUCUUUUCCCCAGAGCAAUUUCCUGUUGGAAAACGAAGAAGGGGAAAGUUUACUCGCUGUGGUUUGGUUCAGUAUCCAGAACAAAGUACUGUGGAAUUGAAGUGGGGUUUUGGAACAAGCCUGGCCGCGUUUCCUUAAGUUAGUGCGGAUAACCUGGGAUGCAGCCGCCUCCCAUGGAAAAGACUUGGUCCCACGCUUUGCGUAACAAAGAAAACCUCACAACAACUGGGGAAGUUAUUCAGUAACCAACGAGCAUAGUCAGUGUCUUACCUGUCUGGAAUUAGUAGGCUUGGUGGAAAUGUGCACAACGCCAGGAUUAAAGGGGAAUCAUAAAUGAGUCUUUUGGCAAACAAAGGAGUACUACUCUGUCGGACUGAACACCGCCGAGCUUUGCGGGAAAUGGAGGAGGAAGGCUCGCUUGAGCCAAACAAGAUACUGACAACAUUUUUGUCUGGCUUUCAGGCCACUUUUAUCUAACAAAGCUACUCAUUAUCGACCAGCCUUCUGCCCUGUGUAGUAUCAGGACGUUCCCUUUGUCAGUGCUACAGUGGUUUUGUGGUCGUGCGUGAAAAUGACGGUGGAUCUGCUGCGGUUGUUUGUGAUUUUGCUGCUGAGUGGCGGCGGGUCUCUGGUAUCAUCUGAUUGCAAAUCAUAUGAUGAACGGUCCAAAAGCGCCGACAGGAAGGUGGUGUGCAGCAACAUGGAGCUUCAUCAGGUGCUGCCCCCGGACUCCUUCCCCAACAGAACAGUAACACUAAUUUUAAACAACAAUAAGAUUCAAGAGCUCAGAAAUGGAUCCUUCUUUGGAUUGACUGUUUUGGAGAAAUUGGACCUGCGGAGUAACAUGAUCAGUCGUAUUGAACCCGGCGCUUUCCUUGGGUUGCCAGCACUGAAAAGACUAGACGUGUCCAACAACAGCAUUGGAUGUCUGAAUGUAGACAUCUUCAAGGGCCUCAGCAGUCUGAUCAGACUAAACCUUUCAGGGAACAAGUUCUCCUCACUGGCUCAGGGGACCUUUGACAGUUUGGUGUCUCUGAAGGCAUUAGAGUUUCAGACCCCUUACCUGCUGUGUGACUGCAACCUUCUGUGGCUGCUGUCCUGGGUCAAAGAGAGGAACAUCGCUGUCAAGAAUACCAAGUGCUCCUACCCCCAGUCUCUCCAGGGCCAGCUCAUUACCUCUCUCGGGCCAGAGCUCCUCACCUGCGAUGCUCCUCUUGAGCUGCCAUCCUUCCAGCUAACUCCAUCGCAGCGUCAGGUCGUCUUCCAGGGGGAUAGCCUGCCCUUCCAGUGCCAGGCCUCCUUUGUGGCCGAGGACAUGCAGGUGCUGUGGUACCAGAAUGGCCGCAUGGUCAAGCCUGACGCUGCACAAGGCAUCUUUAUUGAAAAGCAUGUGGUGCAGAACUGCUCCCUGAUUGCUAGUGCGCUGACCAUCUCAAACAUCCAGCCUGGUUUUACUGGGAACUGGGAGUGUCGUGUCCGGACAAGCAGAGGCAACACCACCAGGACUGUCCACAUUGUGGUGUUGGAGAGUUCUGCCAAGUACUGUGCUCCUGAACGUGUUUCCAACAACAAGGGAGAGUUCAGGUGGCCACGCACCCUGGCAGGGAUCAGAGCCUACAUCCCCUGCAACAGACUGCCAUCAAGUGCAGGCACCUACUCGGGCAGCUCAGGCGAGGAGCAGAAGGCAUGGCGCUACUGUGAUCACGAGGGGCUAUGGGCAGAGGAAGACUACUCCCGCUGCCAGUUCCAUAAGGAUGUCACAAGAUUUCUCUAUGUCAUUAACCAGAUGCCUCUGAACGAGAGCAAUGUGGUGCCCAGGGCUCGGCGCCUGCUGGUCUACACAAUCAAUGCUACUAACUUCUCGGACAAGAUGGACAUCAUAUUUGUGGCUGAGAUGAUUGAGAAAUUUGGCAAGUUUGUUGACAAGUUUAAAGAUCUGGGAGAGGUGAUGGUGAGUAUGGCCAGUAACCUGAUGCUGGCUGAUGAGAGGGUGCUGUGGAUGGCUCAGCGUGAAGCCAUGGCCUGCUCCCGAAUCAUCGCCUGCCUCCAGAAGAUUGCCGUCUACCACCUGGCAACAGCACAGGCCUUUUCCUUGACAUCACCAAACAUAGCACUGGAGGCCCACUCUGUCAGGGCCAACGACUGGAACGGUAUGACCUGCAUGUUGUUCCAGAGGCCUAGCCCUGAGCGCACACCUGGCCAGCUCACCUUCAAAUGCAACGCCACCGGCUCCUUUUCCAGCAUCCUUCACAAGAGCACCAUUGUGGAAGCUUCCCUGCAGCUUCCCCAGUCUCUCUUUACCCAGGCAGUGCUCCCAGGGCAGACGGAGGACACCGUCUACAAGCUCCACCUACUGGGCUUCCGCAACGGCAAGUUUUUUCUCUCCACUGGCAAUUCAUCACAGCUGGCUGAUGGAGGGAAGAGGAGAAGUGUGGCUACCCCUGUCAUCAUGGCUAAGAUAGAUGGCAUGGCCCUGCGUGUCCUGCGCACCCCUGUUAACAUCACCCUACGGCGGCUCGCCCGUGGCUUCAGCCUGGUGGGAGGUCAGGGGGGAUGGCAGAGCGACGGCUGCCGCAUCCUGGGCCAUCACGACAACUUCACCACUAUAUCCUGCAACUCUCUGGGAAACUAUGGCCUGCUCAUGGACCUCAGCAGUGUGGAGUACUUUGCUCCAAGCAUCCAACCUCUGCACCCAGUCAUCUACGCCACAACGAUUAUUCUCCUCCUCUGUCUGUUCACUAUUAUUAUCAGCUACAUCUACUGUCACAGGUCUGUUCGUGUGAGCUCCAAGUUUUGGCACAUGUUGAUCAACCUCUGCUUCCAUAUCUCCCUCACCUGUGGGGUCUUUGUGGGUGGCAUCAAUCAGACGCGCUACGCAAGUGUCUGCCAAGCAAUGGGCAUCUUACUGCACUAUUCUACUCUGGCUACAGCUCUGUGGGUGGGCGUGACUGCACGCAACAUCUACAAGCAGGUGACACGCAAGGCUAAACGAUACGAAGAGCUAGACGAACCUCCUCCGCCACCACGGCCGAUGCUGAGGUUCUAUUUAAUCGGCGGAGGGAUACCCAUCAUUGUUUGUGGGAUCACUGCAGCAGCAAAUAUCAAAAACAACACCGCAGCAAUGCGCCGUAGUAAGCACACGAUGGCAUGGGAGCCCAGCAUUGGAGCUUUUUAUGGCCCAGUAGGAUUCAUCAUCUUUGUGGACUGUAUGUACUUCCUCAGCAUCCUGCUCCAGUUGCGCCGCCACCCUGAGCGCUGUUACGAGUUCAAGGAGCCAAACGAAGAGCAGCAGCAUUUGGCUUCAGCCAACACUGAGGCCCGGCCAGAGGGUCCCAGUGACCACUGCCAUGCCCUCACCCUACAUCUUCAGCCACACGAGGCAGCAUCCUGUGUAGUGUCUGCUCCGCACACCGUGCCUCUGUCGGCCCUGGAGAAUGAGCACACCUUCGCUGCCCAGCUGAUGGGUGCAGCAGGGGCGUUAGGGCUAUAUGCGGCCCUCUGGGUGUUCGGGGCCAUGGCUCUAUCACAGGACCACCCCUACGACUUGGCUUUCACCUGCCUGUUUGGGGUGGCCGCGCUGGCGCUGGGGGCGUUCAUGGUGGCACAUCAUUGUAUCAACAGACAGGAUAUGAGGCGCUAUUGGUCCCAGGCUUGUUGCUCUGGGAGACGAGCCUACUCUGCACAGGAGGAUGUCCUUCUCCCUCAGUCAGGUGUGGCAAUGACACCCACAGUGGGAUCAGCUAACAAGACAGACGGGGAGUCAACAAGGUGUGGCCACAGCAGUGCAGACUCUUCCUACACAAAUAAGAGCGUGCCAAGCAUUCGCAACUCCGGCCAUGGCAGCAAGCUGACCAAUCUGCACGCAGAGGCAGCUCAGUGUAGGUCUGCCUCAGCACCGGUGACCGCCAAUGGUGCAGCUGUUUUGGACAGCCUGACUGAGCAUUCAGUAGACAAUGAAAUUAAAAUGCAUGUAGCGCCAGUUGAGCUGCAGUUUCGCCCAAUGAACAACAUCAGCAAUCAAACAGCUGCCGCUAACGGACACGCGAGCAGGCAUCACAAAAACAAAUCGCGAGCACACAGAGCAAGUCGUCUCACAGUACUGAGAGAGUAUGCCUAUGAUGUUCCCACCAGCGUGGAGGGUAGCGUGCAGAGCGCCCCCCACAGGCGGCACCACCAUUAUGACAUAGCAGCACGCAGUAGCCGACGAGCAGCCUACAUGGCCUACCGGGAGCGGCAUCAUAGCCAGCUGCAGCAGGACAGCAGCGAUAGCACCAGCCUGCCACGGCGCUCCCGCUACUCAGAUAAAGGAAGCGGCAGCACCCUGGGGAGUGGGGCAGUGGUGACUGUAGAGAAUGAGCGGCUGGCUACUCCUGCAUUGUCUAGCUCCACUAAAGACUCUGGUCCUGUAAAGCAGCCCAGCAGCACAGAACUAGAGAGCCAACCCAAGUCAUAUGGGCUCAACCUGGCCAUUCAGAAUGGUGGCACACUCAAAGAAAAUGGACAAGCGGUGCCUUUAAUUAACACAGAGUCUGCAGCCGGGAUAAAGACUGGCUUGUGGAAACAUGAAACUACUGUAUAACUACAGUUUAUGUUUGGCUCUUGUUUUGAAACUGUGAAUUUCUUUAGUUUUCUUUUUUGUAUUUAGAUUGUGCCUUUUUUUCAUGGAAACAAGUCCUUUGAAAGCAGUUAUUGGACAAAAACAAGCCACAUUACUGCCACUGAACUGUCCUGGUAGAUAUGCUUUAGUUAAUGGUCUAUAACUUUGAGUCCAACUCCUUUUCUCCAUUUGAGAGCACACGAAGCUGCGUGGCCCGAGCUGUGGCCAUGUUCCCAGAUCUUGUUCCAUUUUCAAGUUUGUUCCAAUAAUAAAACAAAGCUUUCGUUUACCUGACAAAGUUCCAUUGUUGUGAUAACAUCCACAAUUUCCUAUGUUGGUUUUCUGAAGUCAGUGCGAAGGUGGCCUCUGGCUCCAUUCCCUGCAGUGGAGCAGCACUUUAAUUGCAACUGGCUGUGGCUUUGGGCUCUGUAGGUGUUUUCCUCCUGCCUGCUGGCAGAUUUGAUGAGUGCACUGUACAUUCUGGCUUCCGCUGACUUGAUGCCGCGCUACAAUUGACAACUGACUUGCGGGACAAGUAAAGCUGAGUAACAGGAGUGUAUCCUCUUCCAUUCUGUCUCCUCCACAGCCGAACUGUACAGCGUGACAUCUCUUCUGGGAAAAGAGCACGCAACAUACACAAAGAAUGAUUUGACUGUUGAGUACAUUGGAGAUUGAUUAGCAUCAUUUGUUGCCGAAGCAACUGGAUCAGGUCUCUGCUCUGUGAUGCGUGUUGAAGGGUGGUGAAAGAAGUAAAAGUAGCAAUAUAAUAAUGUCAUGCCAUAAAGGAUUUACAAUAUUUAAAACUACUGUAAUAAUAAAAGUCAGUCACAGGGGCCAUCUUUCUUAUUUUGAUACUUGAAGUACAUUGUGAUGGUAAAUGUUUGUGUCAUUGCACAUGAUUUUAAAUGAACUUGGAUUUGUAGUGGAGCAUUUUAGUGCAUCAUUCACCACUGAUGGAAAAUGUAGGGGAGUAAAAAGCUUUUUCCCCUUUGAAAUGUGGUCGAUGACUAAGUAACAAGUACCUGACGAUGUUAAUUACAAGUUAAUUUCCACCUCUCAUUUGGGAUUUAACAUAAACACUAACUGUGAAAGUUGGCUUGUAGCAUUGUGUUCACUGUGAGAGCAUUCUGCCAUCUUAUUUAAUAAGACAAGCACUCCCUAUUUUAAGUGACGUCAUACUCCAGUCACCUUUACACCAUGCCGCCAACUAACCACCUUCAAAUCUUUUCAUUAUUCUUACUUACUGUAAGAAAUGACAGGUAAUAGUUGAUCGUCCCAGUCCCAGAGGAAGCUGAGACAGCAGAGCGUCAUCAGCUCAACUUUUUUUUAAUUAAUGACAUAUUAAUAAAACAAAUGUCACUGAUUUAAUGCCAAGCCAUCUCAAAUGUGACAAAUAAGACUUGUGAAUUAUGUGGAGAGCAGUUAUGCCCUGAUUAGUGGCGGCCUCGCUGAUUGCCUCUAGGCAUGAAAGAGUGAUCUUCAGAUAAUCACUGAGGUUCUUUAGUGCUCCCAUCUGUUACCAAGUUCUUCUGAGGUUGUCACAGACGCAGGGAUGACAACUGAAGUGUUUUCGUGCUGUGUGGGGAGAAGUCUCAUCAAGGAAAGUAAACCGAUCUGUCUCUGCUGUAAGAUCACAGGGAAACCAACUGAUAAUAAAUGACAAGUCAUUUUUAGUUUAAUUUGGGAGCAUUGGGAGUCAGGUCAUAUGUCAGAAAUGAUCAAUAAAAAGUGAACAAGAGGAGAGAGAACCCUGUUCAAACACCAAAAGCAUCAGUUGCUUAUAAACGGUCCGUUUUCACAGACAGUUGGGAUCCCUCCAUUAUAUGUUUCCUACUUUUUCCACCCAGUUUCCACUUAGUGCGCUCUGUGAAGUAUGUCUGAAAACAAUUCCUUACCAGGAGGCCCCGGGACGACCAACAUCAGACAAGUGAUGUGUUGUUUACAUUUUCCAGUCGCUGCUUCUCUGCCUGGAGGAAGCAUCUGGCUCUGGUGUGGAAAGAUGCCACUGGAAUGAAGAUUGAUAUGUAGUAGAAAGUGAAGCCAUCUGACUGUGCUGAUUAUAAUUAGGUGGUUCUGGCUGUCCAGGGGAACCAGACUCUUUUUACCUGUAGUCUGCUAAUCACCCAAAAACCUCAAAGGCCUGACACACACAGAUGAAAGCAGUAAUUAUCAUCCAGGGUUUCAGAUGAUCCCUGUCAAGCAGCUGGCUGCAGAGAUAAUUGCUGGAUUUGUGAAUUUUCUAAGUGUAUGUAUGUGGAUUUUACUCAAGUAUUAUCAAAUGACUCAAAG